AUGUCCAAGCUCCUUGCCUUGACCAAAGUGCUGCCCGUCCUCGCGGCGGGUGCCCUAGCCGUCGAUUAUCCCACCAUCCCCGCAGACAAGACCACCCCUUACCAACAGAGAUUGGCAAUUUAUGGAUCCAACGCUGUCUCCGUCGCAUGGAACACUUAUGAGCAGCUGAACCAGAGCUGCGUCGAGUAUGGCACCUCAAGCAGCAACCUGGAUUCCAAGGCCUGCACGACCAAGUCGACGACUUACUCGACCUCGAGAACUUGGUCCAACGUCGCCUACCUCACCGACCUCACUCCGGCCACCACCUAUUACUACAAGAUUGUGUCUGACAACUCUACCGUGGGACAAUUCCUCAGCCCGCGCACCCCCGGCGACACGACUCCCUUCAGCAUGGACGUCGUCAUUGACUUGGGUGUCUACGGUACUGACGGCUACACGCUGUCCUCGCGUAAGGCGAAGAAGUCCGACAUCCCCAAGGUCGAGCCUGACCUGAAUCACACCACCAUUGGCCGCCUGGCCGAUACCAUCGACGACUACGAGCUGGUCAUUCACCCGGGUGAUUUUGCCUACGCUGAUGAUUGGUAUGAGGACGUUGGUAACUGGUUGGACGGCUCUGAUGCCUAUCAGUCGAUCCUGGAGCGCUUCUACGACCAGCUGGCUCCCAUCUCGGGUAACCGUCUGUACAUGCCGGGACCAGGCAACCACGAGGCCGACUGCAGCGAGAUUCCCUACCUGAAUAAACUGUGUCCGGAGGGCCAGAACAACUUCACGGAUUUUCUGCACCGCUUCGAUGCCACCGUUCCCAGUGCUUUCGCUUCUCAAUCUACUAACACCACCGCCAAGGCACUCGCUGAGAAGGCGCGCAGUCUUGCCGUGCCGCCCUUCUGGUACUCUUUCGAGUACGGCAUGGUCCACGUCACCAUGAUCGAUACUGAGACUGACUUCAAGGAUGCGCCCGACGGUACUGACGGCUCGGCAGAUCUCGACACGGGCCCGUUCGGCUUCAAGAACGAGCAGCUUGAGUUUCUCGAAGCCGACUUGGCCAGCGUCGACCGCACGGUCACUCCCUGGGUAGUGGUGGCCGGUCAUCGCCCCUGGUACACUACGGGUGUCGGCAACGCCUGUGAUGUCUGCCAGGAGGCGUUUGAGAACAUCUUCUACAAGUAUGGUGUCGACUUGGGGGUCUUCGGCCACGUCCACAACUCCCAGCGCUUCCAGCCCGCGGUCAAUGAUACUGCCGAUCCGAAUGGUCUGAACAACCCCAAGGCGCCCAUGUACAUUGUCGCGGGCGGUGCCGGCAACAUUGAGGGCCUGAGCUCUGUGGGUACGGAGCCUUCGUACACGGCUUUUGCCUACGCCGAUGACUACAGCUACAGCACCUUGCGCUUUCUGAACUCAACGGCUUUGCAGGUUGACUUUAUCCGCUCUACUACGGGAGAGACUCUGGACUCCAGUGUGCUGUACAAAGAUCAUUCCACCCAGUUUGUGGUGCAGUAA